AGGUAGCUGUUUACCGGGAGCGGGCUGUCGGGGAGGGAGUGGAGGUGAGAGGAAAGAAAAAGAGGGGAAGACUCCGUGCGUCCUCCGCCGCCGCCAAGUGGAGCUCGCGUCCAAGCGUAGGACAGCCGCGUUUUUUUUUGUUGCUGUGAAUCCGUAAUUGUUGAGAUCGGUAACUGCGAAUUAAGUGACUUUGCUGCGGCUUGACUUGUCGUCGCUAUGUCCACCCCGGCGAGGCGGCGGCUGAUGAGAGACUUCAAAAGGCUACAAGAGGAUCCUCCAGCUGGUGUUAGCGGAGCUCCUUCUGAUAAUAAUAUUAUGUCCUGGAAUGCAGUUAUAUUCGGACCAGAAGGAACACCUUUUGAAGAUGGCACUUUCAAACUGGUUAUAGAAUUCACAGAGGAAUAUCCUAACAAACCUCCAACUGUUAGAUUUGUAUCAAAAAUGUUCCACCCAAAUGUUUAUGCAGAUGGCAGUAUAUGUUUAGACAUAUUGCAGAAUCGAUGGAGCCCAACCUAUGAUGUCUCAUCAAUUUUAACGUCUAUUCAGUCCCUACUUGAUGAACCAAAUCCCAACAGUCCAGCAAAUAGCCAAGCUGCACAGCUUUAUCAAGAAAACAAACGUGAAUACGAGAAGAGGGUAUCUGCUAUUGUAGAGCAAAGCUGGAGUGACUGCUAACCUACUGCAACAAGAAUCCUCUGCUGACUGCCCAGUGCAUUAUUUUACCUGAGUAAAUGCAAACAGUGUCAUAAGACUGGCAAAAAAAGUCUGCAUACAUUCUUUGCUGACAUUCUUAAGGAAUUUUAGCCCUUUAUUGUUUGUGCUGUUAGAGGGUUCUUUUGUUGCAUGAUGUGAAUUUUUAAGCAGUAUUUGAUAAAUUCGUACACUCUAUGAUCUCCCUUGUUUUGGCAUCACCACUGUCCCAUCUUUACAUCAACCAACUAGUGUAUUAGCACCUUAUUGAUACGAGUGAGUGUGAACUCUUGAAUUGUGAACAACAAAGUCUGAUCUGCAUCAGAGGAAUUCUGGUUUUGGGAUCCAUUAAACAAAAUUUCUGAUUUUAUUUUAUACAGGUGGCGUGAAAACCAGCCGUAACACCUGAAGUACGUUGAGGUAGAAGACAAUUUAAAUGUAAUCUGCUCAGCAACAGGGAACAACCUGUUGUGGCAUUCUCUCAGCAGAGCUCAGACUCUGUAUUGGUUAUGAACUGAUAUUGUCUGUUCAUAGUUUUUUUUGCAAUACAACUAACAUUGACCCCAUAGGAGAAUACAUUUCCACAUUAUCUUGCAAUUUAUUUUGAGGGUUGUCCUAAGGAAUGCAUCUAUUUUAUCAUGUGGAAAAACUGUACCAUCUGCCAAAUCUGAUUGGUGCAGUGUUACUGAAAGCAUCUGUUUACAACAAGCACUUUGUCAUGUCGAUAAAUCAGAGAAGGCUUAAAUGUGUACCCCAGGCAUAAAGCAGGUGCUUCUGCUAUUUGGGUGCCCACAAAUCUGUAAUGUCCAGUGCUUCUAUAAUUUGGAUAUGCACAGAACUGUAAGUUGUCGUUUGUGCCUGCUAUGAUGACUGAUGGCUGUCUGCACUUUGAAAAAUCUCUCAUUUUGUAACUGCUGUGUGAAACAUGUCAGCUUCUAAAAAUCAAUUACGAUGUGUUUGGGGAAGUACUUCAAAUCUUGUUUCAUACCAGACAAUCUCUUUCAGCUAAGAAGAAUCUCUUCCCCUGUCAAAUUUAUUGACUGUCUCCCCUCAAACUAUUUUGAGAGGUGAGAUCUUACAGCUGCUGUAAAAGCAAGUGUGCAUUUUUUCAUGCAAGUUUGGAUAAGCGGAGGGGUGUGUGUGUGUGUGUGUGUGUGUUUGAUGUUUCACGGCCGAAUUUGAUCUUGUCUGAUCCCCAUUUCAUUGCAUCCUAAUUUAAAUGCUCCAUUUUCUAAUCAAUUGUAAUUAGGCAUCCCUUUACUACAAAAAGCAGAAAAAAUUCAUAUCUGUUGUUUAAAAGGACAAUAGUCAUAACUUACUAUAGUGUGUCCAAUAUCCUCUUGAUAACGUCAUGAGGUGAUUAGUUGCUACUGUAGGUGGGGAAAACUUUAUAAAUCAUUCCUCUGCUGAACAAAAAUAACUUUCUGCUUGAUGUUCUGUGUAUGUAUAAAAUGGUGAUUUUUCAUAUUUAGAUGCUUUGUUUCAGCUCUGUUAAGCAACCUAGAAUGGCAAAAAAAAGCCACAAACCUCUAACUUUGAAUGAAAUGCCAUCAAAUGAGGAAACACAGCUUUGUUUUGCAAUUUUGAGCAAAAGUUCAGUCGAGUAGCUUCUAAAUGUCUUCAUGAAUACCUCUUGUGCCAUGAUGGAGCAGAGUCUUUACCCCACAAAAAGUAAUGCUUUCCUGACAGGGAGCCCCAUUUCGAGGAAAGCCAACUACCAAAUCUCUUUCUCUCCCAGAAGAUUGCGAAUCUCCAUCACUAUUGGUAGAUGCUUAGCUGGAAACACCCAGAAAUUUGUUUAUUUAUUUUCCAACAAAUAAUAGUUGCAGCCUUCACCACUCUUCAGGAUCACAGUGAGUGUUUCAUAGCCCAAACAAGGAUCACUCCCUUUGAGGAGCUUUGAUUUAGUAAUGCACGUCAGUGUGAAAAUUUUUUUUCUUUUGCAGUAAUUAACUUGAUUGUAAUUGCCCGUUGUUUCUAUCGGAAUGUUGUCAUGUUUUUGAAAUGGUUAGAUUUUCUGCUGUGGUUUGUGGAAAUUAACUACUUCUGUUCAUGCUGUACAAAGUAUUCAUUUUAUUUCUUUUGUAAAGAUUUUUUUUCAAACCUUAGCCCCCUUUUAAGAUGUAUCAAACAUUUUUGUACCCUAUUCGCUAGUGCUUUUUUUUAAAUAAGGAGGUCAGUGAGAGAAAUGUAUUUAUGAUUCUGUUUCAGUAAUUAAAAACGAGUACUUGGUUGCCAUCUAUUUUGCUGAAGAAAAAUGAUUAAUUCACUCAGUGUAGCAGGUGUUUUGUACAGAAAGUCAUUGAUGAUAUUAACUAUGUAAUGAUGUUUGCUGAAGUCGUUUCUCUUCAUUUAACCGUGCCCCCCCCCCCCCCAAAAAAAAGUUUCUACUCUGUACUUGGAGGCUUGGAAAACAAUUGAGUGACUGAUGGACUUUGUGUUCUAAUUUUAUAGGUAACACUGGCGAGAAUGUUCAUAGCCCCCUGGGCUCUGCAGUUUCAUGAUGCUUGUAUGUUGUACAAUAUGUAUUGAAGCAAACACUUCUUUUUUUUUCCAGUUUUUUUUAAAUAAAACAACUUUGAGAGUACAAGUGCUUUAAAAAUG